AUUUGUCUGCUGCUAUUCAUUCCCUAAUCAAUAUGUGCAAAAGCACUGCAAAAACAUUUACUUAAUUGAGAAUAGUUCCAUAAGAAGAAGAACACAAACAGCUGUGCCUUUUUCAGUAGCGCUUGAUCAUUUAUUUAUAUUUUUUUGGAUCAUUCUUUUUAAACAUUAUGUCGAGCAAAAAACAGCAAAAUACAUUUCAAGGUAAAGAAUGCUUCAGCCGUAUGAAUUUCCUAUUUCAAGCGUCCAUGCUAAUGGCAGGAAGUAAUAAAACUUUGGCAGCUUACUAUGGAGAGCUGUGCAAGAAUAUUGGCAAAAAAGCGGUGCUUAAAAUUGAUCCGGAUGUAAAGCGGCAACUAUGCAAGCGCUGUUCAUUGGCUUUGCAGCCGGGCAUUACCGCUGAUUUGGAAACUGUUUCACAAGGCAAGCGGCGGAAGUGCUCAAAAAAUACACAAAACGUAGAUGAAAAUACAAGUUUGAAGCUGACUUGCCAACAAUGUGGUUUCAAGAGAAAGUAUUUAGUAAAUUCGGAAUAUAAGUUUUGGUUGGAGAAUAAAGAAUCUGUGAUGGAAACCAUAACAGUUGAACAAGAAAAACAGAAAAUAAUUCGAAGUAAAGAGUCCAAAACGUUAGAAACAUGAAAUUCCUUGGAUUUUUCAGUUGCAAUAACUUAGUUAUACAUAUGUACGAAUACCAUUUGGUAUGUUAAACUUUUUCUCGAAUACAUAUAAAUAUUAUUAUUAAGUAA